UUGGCGCACGUGUCUGGCUGUGAUGGUGGCGACCAAGAGCGACCCGAACUGCGUGGAGCCGGCGUGCGCCGACAAGAUGGACUUCUUCAAGAGCUCCAUGGGCAAGAAGGCCACGAAGCCAGCAGCGCAGCCCAAGCCAGCCACAGACUGUCCGCUGGAUCGCCAGGAGCUGGGCAACGCCACGUGGGGACUGCUCCACUCGAUGGGUAUUUACUACCCGGACAAGCCGUCGCCGGAGUACCAGGCCAAGGCCAAGACGUUCAUUGAGGCGCUGGCGCUGAUGUACCCGUGUGUGCACUGCGCUGACGAUUUCCAGAAGGAGAUCGCCAAGUCCCCGCCUCGUGUGGAGUCGCGCACGACGUUCUCCAUGUGGCUGUGCGAGCAGCACAACAUCGUCAACCGCAAGAUCCACAAGCCUCUGUUCGAGUGCACAAUGGAGAAGCUGGAGGAGAGAUGGCGGAAGGGCAAGCCGUCGUGCUGGGGCGAGGAUGGCGAUGAGGAGUCGGCUCAAGAUGCUCUGGGCUGAAGGAUUGGUGUCCGAGCCCGUUUUGCUCGGGCAGAGAAGCGUAGACGAGGAAAAAGCGGUGUGAACGAUAUGUGCGUAGCAUUGUCUUGCCUUUAAGCUGCCAAUAAUGCUACAACUACAACAGU